UCUUUCCCAAGCCGUUCGAAUCACACGAUUCAGCAUCCCAAUCAGUUUUACCUGAGUCUGACCGUUUGUUUAAUAUGCGUGUAUGGUCGAGCUUUUGUUUUUAAAUCGUGUUAAAAAGCUGCGGCAGUAACUGGUGGGAGUCAGUUUACUUUCGGUGCCCAAAACGUUUUAAGCAUUGGAAAAAAAUUAUAAGUAGACUACAAAAAAUGAGGACGGAAGUUUCGACGAUUUUGAGUGUUACGGUUUAAAGUGCCAAUUUUUUUCCUUGGAAAAGUACUAGGAUUGCGUACAAAUCAAAGUGUUUCUGGGACACAGGAACCUUCCAUUCUUACUCAAGUUUUUUUAAAAAAGCAGUGAUAACGGACUUACACAAGAAAUCCACCGAAAUUUGCCAAGAUGUCUAAAGACACGAGUUCUAUGAUAUGGGAUUACUUGGUUUUUGUGAUAUUUGUGCUUGCAAGUACCUUUGUAGCCGUAUAUUCUCGAUUCUUUGGACCCAAAGAGAAAACGAAAGCCGAUUAUGUGUUUGCAGCUGGAAAAGUCUCUACUGCAGCCAUGAUGCUGAGUAUAGCCAGAGGAACAUUAGGAGUGCGAUCUUUCCUGGGUUAUCCAUCUGAGCUCUUUUACAGAGGCAGUGCGAUGUGGGAAACGCUCUAUGGAAUGGUUCUGGCUUAUCCCAUAGUAUGUUUUGUGUUUGUUCCUGUGUACUUCAGUUUGGGUAUCACUUCAGUCUACCAGUAUUUGGAUAUGAGAUUCAAGUCAAGACUGGUUCGGUGUUUGGCAUCAGGAACCUACGUGGUUCGACAGCUUCUCAACCAAGGCGUAACUGUCUACACGCCAUGUGUGGCUUUGAACACUGUUAUCGGAAUACCCUAUUGGGCUUCGAUAGUUGGAAUAUCGGGAGUGAGCAUCAUAUUUAAUAUUCUGGGAGGAUUAAAAGCCGCAAUUCUUGCCGACGUUAUGCAAGGACUAACCAUGAUAGCGAUUAGUGUGGCCAUCAUUAUCCAGGGAUGUGUGGAAGCUGGCGGAUUUGUAGACGUUUUUAAUAUCAGCAAAAAAGAUGGACGUUUGGACUUUUUCAACUGGGAUUUGGAUCCAACAGUCCGAGUGACUACGACAUCUGCCUUAAUCGGGCAACUUUUCAUGUCACUUUCAAUUUUUGGAUGCCAGCAGAAUUUCGUUCAGAGAUAUUGCAGCAUGGACUCGCAGAAAAAAGUUACGCGAACUCUGAUGUACAACAUUCCCGUAAUAACAGUAUUAUUCAGUUUAUCGUGGGUAGUGGGAAUGGUCGUAUAUGCCGUCUACUCCAGCUGCGAUCCUUUAACAUCAGGAUACAUCAAGAAAUAUGACGAAAUUUUGCCAUUUUUCGUCGAGGACCGAUUUAGCUAUCUGCCAGGGAUCUUGGGCUUAUUUAUGGCCAGUCUCUUCAACGGUGCUCUCAGUUUAAAUGUAUCAAAUUUGAACUCUUUGGCAACAGUGGCAUUUGAGGACUUCGUCCGUCCUCUACCCUGCCUGAAAGGGAUGAACGAUUCCAGGCAAUUAUGGAGCAUCAAAUUCAUUGGAGUAGUUUUUGCCUUGAUUAUCAUGGGCAUUUCCUUUGGAAUCGGCCUGCUGGAAGGUGUGAUCGAAUCUUCUAUGUUGGUAACUUCGGCCACGUCUGGACCUCUACUUGGUGUCUUCAUUAUGGCCUUAGUUAUCCCAGUGGCCAAUUGGAAGGGAGCUUCUGCUGGAGUAAUAAUGGGACACAUUAUCAUCCUCUGGAUCACAUUCGGAGGUCUAACUGUCGACAAACCUCCAGCAAAGAGCCUGCCGUUGAAUAUUGAUGGAUGUUCAAACUCGUCAUUCAACGAUCAUAUUUUGAAAGUAGAACAUCGGGCACUUUCUUGGACACCCACUACGACACCAUCACCUUUUACCAUCUACAACGAUCCACUUGCUCCUUUGAACACAACCAGAGCUGAAAAACUAGACCCUCUAACAGCUCUAUACUCAAUAACCUACAUGUACUACUCCUUCCUUGGAUGCAUCAUUACCGUCUUGGUUGGAUGGACGGUGUCCUACUUUACGGCCAGCGAGAGCGAUCUAUAUGACGAAGAACUGAUUCACCCUUGGGCCCGGAAGAUGGCAGACUAUUUCCCUGGCAAGAAGCGUCAAUAUGUGAGCAAACGUGAGGACUCCACGAGGAAAAUGAAGCGAAGUGGAUCCACUGCCGCCAAUUUAGCCACAAGUUCCAAUAGUUCGCAAUUGGCCAAUAGUACGAAGCAAGACGAGGACAAUGUUAAAAGUGGAACUGUUAAUGCGGGAUAUUCGCCUGAUAUGCCAAUGGAAGAAGUUAAUGGUACUUACAAAACUAAGUUAUGAUUUCGGCUAGAGGGAUGGUGAUUCUGAAAAGCUAAUUUUGUCGUUCUUGAUAAAAGAAUUGACAAAAUGGUACCGGCUUUUCAUGCAAUCACUUUUGCAGACACGCUAGGUGCCUUAACAAGUCUGUGAUCUCUAGCUGUAUUACAUAUACUAAAUAAAAGACCUACAGGAUUAUUAGUUAGAAUUUUCAUUGUUCUCUGCCCUCUAUGUACUUUGUUACUUAUUUAGUUCUUAAAUAUUUUUAAACUAUUUAUAGCAGCUCAUAGUCACUAAGUAUUUGUAUGUCACUUUAUUUAUUUUUAUUGUUUACUUACUGCAGGUAUUAUUUUUAAAUCGACACACCGCUAGUUUAGGGGAAUGUGGGCUAGUGUACAAUAAGCUCAUAUAUUGCGAACUGAUAAGCUUUUCGCUUUUUGUUAGUAUUAGUUUUAUAGGAAAUGGUAGUUAAAUGAUAUAAAUUGCCUUCCGUUUACAGUUCUCUUAGUACAAGGGAGCAAAUACAUGAGGUGUUGUGGUUUUCAAUGCAUUUUAGCAAUGUUUAAUUAUCGGUUCAAGUGGCUGAAAGCACUUGUGGUUUGCUCUCCUAAAUUGGCCGUCCUUUGUAAAAUUCGUGUACGCCACUUACUGAUACAACAUAGAAGAUGGGGAAGAAAAUUCUUUUGUAUUGAAAUUAUAGUGUUUAGCCGUUGUAGGUCCAUUAAUUUCAUACACAUUGUCUUCAGGAAAGUAAUAUACUUAAUACAUAUAUUUUUUUCAA